AUGGGCCUUCUCCAGGACGCCGCCGCGACCUUCGACUCCUACUUUGGCAACACCGCGACGUGGAAGCUCGUGACCUUGGGCUUCGUCUCCUUCGUCACGAUCGCAAUGCUUCUGAACGUCGUACACCAAAUACUCUUCCGAAAUAAGAACGAACCGCCGCUUGUCUUCCAUUGGGUACCUGUCAUUGGAAGUACGAUAUCCUACGGCAUCGAUCCUUACAAGUUCUUCUUCACUUGUCGCGAGAAGUAUGGAGACGUCUUUACUUUUAUCCUCCUCGGCAAGAAGACCACGGUCGUGUUGGGCACCAAGGGCAACGACUUCAUCUUGAACGGAAAGCUGAAGGACGUCAAUGCCGAGGAGAUCUACACACCUCUCACGACUCCAGUGUUUGGCAAGGAUGUUGUUUACGACUGUCCCAAUUCCAAGCUCAUGGAGCAGAAGAAGUUCGUCAAGUACGGCCUCACAUCCUCCGCCCUCCAAUCCUACGUCACCCUGAUCUCUGAAGAAGUACGCCAAUUCUUUUCGAGAGACAACCCUUCGAAGAAGUUCGCUUCCACUAGUGGGACUGUCGAUCUGCCUCCGGCCAUGGCAGAACUCACCAUCUAUACUGCGAGCCGAUCGCUGCAAGGGAAGGAAGUGCGCGAGAGGUUCGACUCGACAUUCGCCGAUCUAUACCACUACCUCGACAUGGGCUUCACACCGAUCAACUUCAUGCUUCCAUGGGCACCACUGCCACAGAACAGACGACGCGACUAUGCACAGAAGAAGAUGGCGGAAACAUAUCAGUCAAUCAUUCAAGAGCGAAGGAAAGCUGGAGACUCGAAGUCAGGAGGCAGGGAAGAGGACAUGAUCUGGAACCUGAUGCAAUGCACGUACAAGGAUGGGAACCCAAUUCCGGAUCAUGAGAUUGCACACAUGAUGAUUGCAUUGCUCAUGGCAGGACAACACUCCUCAUCAUCCACAUCGUCUUGGAUUCUGCUUCGGCUGGCUUCAAGACCCGACGUCCAAGAAGAGCUGCUGCAAGAGCAGAAGGACGUUCUUGGCGUGAACGAGGAUGGCACGAUCAAGGACCUUUCGUAUGCCGACCUGUCGCGCCUACCACUCCUCAACCAGGUCGUGAAGGAGACACUUCGCAUCCAUGCACCUAUUCACUCCAUUCUGCGCAAGGUCAAGUCACCUAUGCAACUGGAGGGAACACCCUACGUCAUUCCACCAACCCACACAUUGCUGGCCGCGCCGGGUUGCACCAGCAGGAUGGAGUCGCACUUUCCAGAGGCGCUGAAGUGGGAGCCACACAGGUGGGACGAGAAACCAGACAAGAAGUAUGAGCAUCUGAUCCCAGCAAUGGUGAACGAGAACAUCGCCGAAGAGAAAGAAGACUAUGGCUACGGUUUGGUUAGCAAGGGAGCUGCGUCUCCAUAUCUGCCUUUUGGCGCCGGCCGACACCGUUGCAUCGGCGAGCAGUUCGCCUACACGCAACUCCAGACGAUCACUGCUAUGGUGAACCGGGAGUUCAAGUUUCAGAACACAGACGGAACCGACAAGGUGGUGGAGACGGACUAUACGAGUCUCUUUAGCAGACCACUGAGUCCUGCUGUGAUCAAGUGGGAGAGACGGCAGAAGAACUAA